CCUGUAUUUCAUGCAGUGGAGCCCUACACCAAGAAGGAGCUGUCUGCCGUCCCUCUGCCUGACAUCAUCCGCACCUACAAGGUGAUGGCAGCUGAGAACAUCCCAGAGAACCCACUCCGUUUCCUCUACCCAGACAUCCCCAAAGACAAGUCCUUCGGGAAGUACUACGCCAGGGCCUCUGAGGCAUCAGAGACCAUGGAUGUGGCGAGUCCCACCGACAGAGAAUACGAAACGAUCGAUAUCAUAUCAGUGUCAGGACAGCAAGACGAGAGGGUGUUCAUGUUGCAAGAAAAGCUGGAAAGUGGAUCAGUGCUCCAUUGUUGGAGUGAAAGUCCUAAGAAUAUUGAUAAUGCUGUGAUGGCCCAGUGGUGCCAGCUGGAACUACUGGAGUCUAAAUACCAGGAGCAGGUCCACCAGCUCUAUGAUGACUCCUUCCCCAUGGACAUCAGACAGUACCUCAGUAAGUGGAUUGAGAGCAUCGACUGGGAUAAUGUGGCUGUUGACGAAUCCCUGGCCACUGUCCGCUUCCACGAUCUCCUAGCCCGUCUUGAUGACCAACACAGCCGCUUCGCCCUGGAGAAAGACCUCCUGCGACAACACAACAUCCGCAAGUUCAAGGGAAACCUCCAGGACCGCUUUCAGAAGGACCCCGUUCACAUGGCCAUGAUCAUCUCCAGAAACCUGAAGGAGGAGCGGAGGAUUCUGGCUGCUGCCAAAAGCAUAGAGACUGACAGAGAAAACACACAGACCACCAUGGUUCUGGAGAAGCAAAAGCUGGACAACAAAGUCAAAGACAUGAAAAACAAGGUUCAGGAAGCGGAUCAGAAUAUAAAGUCUCUGGAAUACCUUCAAGACGAGCAUGACUUUAAGGAAAAUAUUCUUAAGAAAAGAGAACAUGAAAUGAACGGGCUGACACCCAAACAGCUGGAACACGAGAAGCUGCAGAUUGGAGUGAUGUGUUUCAAGCUGAAAUUCAAGAGAGUGGAAGUGGUUGGCCAGUUGGCGGAGGUGCUCAACAUGGCCGAGGCGGUCCAGUCACACUUGAUCUCAGAGGAGCUGCCUGAGUGGAAGAAGAGGCAGCAGAGCUCCUGUAUUGGAGGACCACCCAACGCAUGUCUGGACCAACUGCAGAACUGGUUCACAGCGGUGGCAGAAAGCCUGCAGCAGGUGAGGCAGCAGCUGAAGGAGCUCCAGGAACUAGAGCAGAAGUACACAUACGACAACGACCCAAUCAAACAGCAGAAAGGCUUCCUGGAGGUGCGGGCCCUGGCACUGUUCCGGAACCUCCUAGAACAUUCCUUGGUGGUAGAGAGACAGCCCUGUAUGCCCACACAUCCACAGAGACCUCUGGUGCUGCAGACAAAGAUGCCGUUCACUGUCAAGCUCAGAUUUCUUGUGAAGCUCCAGGAAUUCAACUAUCAACUCAAAGUGAAAGCUUUGUUUGACAAGGACGUUACAGAAAAUAAAGGGUUUCGUAAGUUCAACAUAUUGGGCACCAACACAAAAGUUAUGACUAUGGAGGAGUCAAAUGGAAGCUUGGCUGCAGAGUUUUUCGAGUUGAACCUGCAAGAGCAGAGAGUGACUGGAAGAGGAAAGAAAGAGGGGCCUCUUAUUGUGACAGAGGAGCUGCACUGCAUCUGCUUUGAGUCGGAACUCCGCCAGUCAGGUCUGGAAAUCAAACUAGGGACCAUCUCCCUGCCCAUCGUGGUCAUCUCCAACUGCAACCAGCUGCCCAGUGGCUGGGCCUCCAUCCUGUGGUACAACAUGCUGACCAGCGAGCCCCAGGACCUGGAGUUCUUCCUGAGCCCUCCGACAGUGUCCUGGGGUCAGCUAUCUGAGGUGCUGAGCUGGCAGUUUUCCUCUGUCACCAAGAGGGGGCUCAAUGAUGAGCAGCUAGGCAUGCUGGCUGACAAACUACUGGGCCAGAAAGCACAGAGGAAUCCUGAGGGCCUUAUCUCCUGGACCAUGUUCGGUGCUGUCAAGAGCCUCCGUAAGAAUAGCGUUCCCUUCUGUCUGUGGAUCGAAGACAUCCUGGACCUCAUCAAGAGACAUCUGCUGUCCCUGUGGAAUGAUGGUUGCAUCCUGGGCUUUGUGAGUAAGGAGAGGGCAAAGGCCAUGCUGACUGGGAAGUGUCCAGGCACGUUCCUUCUGCGCUUCAGUGAGAGUAGCAGAGGCGGAGCCAUCACAUUCACUUGGGUGGAACACGACCUAUACGAUAAGCCUGUAUUUCAUGCAGUGGAGCCCUACACCAAGAAGGAGCUGUCUGCCGUCCCUCUGCCUGACAUCAUCCGCACCUACAAGGUGAUGGCAGCUGAGAACAUCCCAGAGAACCCACUCCGUUUCCUCUACCCAGACAUCCCCAAAGACAAGUCCUUCGGGAAGUACUACGCCAGGGCCUCUGAGGCAUCAGAGACCAUGGAUGUGGCGAGUCCCACCGACAGAGAAUACGAAACGAUCGAUAUCAUAUCAGUGUCAGGACAGCAAGACGAGAGGGUGUUCAUGUUGCAAGAAAAGCUGGAAAGUGGAUCAGUGCUCCAUUGUUGGAGUGAAAGUCCUAAGAAUAUUGAUAAUGCUGUGAUGGCCCAGUGGUGCCAGCUGCAACUACUGGAGUCUAAAUACCAGGAGCAGGUCCACCAGCUCUAUGUUGACUCCUUCCCCAUGGACAUCAGACAGUACCUCAGCAAGUGGAUUGAGAGCAUCGACUGGGAUAAUGUGGCUGUUGACGAAUCCCUGGCCACUGUCCGCUUCCACGAUCUCCUAGCCCGUCUUGAUGACCAACACAGCCGCUUCGCCCUGGAGAAAGACCUCCUGCGACAACACAACAUCCGCAAGUUCAAGGGAAACCUCCAGGACCGCUUUCAGAAGGACCCCGUUCACAUGGCCAUGAUCAUCUCCAGAAACCUGAAGGAGGAGCGGAGGAUUCUGGCUGCUGCCAAAAGCAUAGAGACUGACAGAGAAAACACACAGACCACCAUGGUUCUGGAGAAGCAAAAGCUGGACAACAAAGUCAAAGACAUGAAAAACAAGGUUCAGGAAGCGGAUCAGAAUAUAAAGUCUCUGGAAUACCUUCAAGACGAGCAUGACUUUAAGGAAAAUAUUCUUAAGAAAAGAGAACAUGAAAUGAACGGGCUGACACCCAAACAGCUGGAACACGAGAAGCUGCAGAUUGGAGUGAUGUGUUUCAAGCUGAAAUUCAAGAGAGUGGAAGUGGUUGGCCAGUUGGCGGAGGUGCUCAACAUGGCCGAGGCGGUCCAGUCACACUUGAUCUCAGAGGAGCUGCCUGAGUGGAAGAAGAGGCAGCAGAGCUCCUGUAUUGGAGGACCACCCAACGCAUGUCUGGACCAACUGCAGAACUGGUUCACAGCGGUGGCAGAAAGCCUGCAGCAGGUGAGGCAGCAGCUGAAAGAGCUCCAGGAACUAGAGCAGAAGUACACAUAUGACAACGACCCAAUCAAACAGCAUAAAGGCUUCCUGGAGGGGCGGGCCUUGGCACUGUUCCGGAACCUCCUAGAACAUUCCUUGGUGGUAGAGAGACAGCCCUGUAUGCCCACACAUCCACAGAGACCUCUGGUGCUGCAGACAAAGAUGCCGUUCACUGUCAAGCUCAGAUUUCUUGUGAAGCUCCAGGAAUUCAACUAUCAACUCAAAGUGAAAGCUUUGUUUGACAAGGACGUUACAGAAAAUAAAGGGUUUCGUAAGUUCAACAUAUUGGGCACCAACACAAAAGUUAUGACUAUGGAGGAGUCAAAUGGAAGCUUGGCUGCAGAGUUUUUCGAGUUGAACCUGCAAGAGCAGAGAGUGACUGGAAGAGGAAAGAAAGAGGGGCCUCUUAUUGUGACAGAGGAGCUGCACUGCAUCUGCUUUGAGUCGGAACUCCGCCAGUCAGGUCUGGAAAUCAAACUAGGGACCAUCUCCCUGCCCAUCGUGGUCAUCUCCAACUGCAACCAGCUGCCCAGUGGCUGGGCCUCCAUCCUGUGGUACAACAUGCUGACCAGCGAGCCCCAGGACCUGGAGUUCUUCCUGAGCCCUCCGACAGUGUCCUGGGGUCAGCUGUCCGAGGUGCUGAGCUGGCAGUUUUCCUCUGUCACCAAGAGGGGGCUCAAUGAUGAGCAGCUAGGCAUGCUGGCUGACAAACUACUGGGCCAGAAAGCACAGAGGAAUCCUGAGGGCCUUAUCUCCUGGACCAUGUUCGGUGCUGUCAAGAGCCUCAGUGAGAAUAGCGUUCCCUUCUGUCUGUGGAUCGAAGACAUCCUGGACCUCAUCAAGAGACAUCUGCUGUCCCUGUGGAAUGAUGGUUGCAUCCUGGGCUUUGUGAGUAAGGAGAGGGCAAAGGCCAUGCUGACUGGGAAGUGUCCAGGCACGUUCCUUCUGCGCUUCAGUGAGAGUAGCAGAGGCGGAGCCAUCACAUUCACUUGGGUGGAACACGACCUAAACGAUAAGCCUGUAUUCCAUGCUGUGGAGCCUUGUACCAAGAAGAAGCUGUCUGUCAUCUCUCUACCUGAAAUCAUCCGCAACUACAAGGUGAUGGCAGCUGGGAACAUCCCAGAGAACCCACUCUGCUUCCUCUACCCAGACCUCCCCAAAGACGAGGCCUUCGGAAAGUUCUACACCAGGGCCUCAAAGGCAUCAGAGCCCAUGGAUGUGGAGAGUCCCACUGGCACAGGAUACAUACAGAAAGUUUUCAUUACAGUGUCGGAAGUUCACCCAUCUAGACUGCAAGACAAGAUGAUGCUCAUGCCGCCAAAAGUGUUUGAAGAGCUGGAAAGUUGGCUAGUGCUCCAUUUUUGGAGUGGAAGUCCUAAGAAUAUUUAUACUGCUGUGAUGACUGCAGAGUUUGAGAACAAACUGGACUUGGACCGCAACUGAACACACUGGACUUGGACCGCAAGCUUGAUGAAAACUCUGAAAAGGGCGUUCCCUUUCAGUCCUUAUAAAUUGCUACACAAACAAGUCAUAUAAGCAUGAUUUACAUUACUCAUUAUUAACACUGGUUUCUGCAUGUGACUGACGAGGCUUCUUCUCUCAGCUGGGAACUUGAAACUGAGAUACUCCUUUUGGUUCCCAGAGCAAUGUUCUGGGCGUACUGUCAAUUGGUCUGAGGUCGGUCAUCUGCAAGAACCAAGAUAGCCUUGAAUUGUACAUUUCUUCUCACUCUCUCUCUGCAGACAGUACAAUUUUCUCACAAGUUUUAAAUAUCUGAAUUGAUAAACUGGUGCUGUAAAUAAUCAUGUACUCACUGCACUGGAAGCAAUUCAUACUUUGUUAAUUUGGUGAUCAUUUGAAAAUUCAUGGAAUUAAUUAAUGAAGAUACCCAAGUCUUCACAUGCCUAAAUUCAAGAAUAUAGUGGGAGUAAAGGGAUAUAUCCAUAUUUAAAGUUCUUUAUUUAUUGUUUGAUCAUUGAAAUAAAUAUAUCUCCAUUGCCUGCAACACACAGCUAAAGCAGAUAUACUUGAAUGAAAACAAACUGAUGAUGACAGUAUACACCUGUGGUACAUUCAAAAUAAUUAGUUAAUGUUGAAGUUGACCUGCACCUACAUAGGGGAACAAUAAACACUCAUACAUACGAGGCUUCUUGUGCAACAGGGACUGGGGAGACAAAGUCAAGUCAAAUCCAAUGAAAGCAACACUGAAUACUUGAGAUGAGUUAUUCAAUAUAAAUAUAUAUUCAUCAAGUCACAAGUAAGUUGCCUUAGGUACUUUUAGAACAAUAGUAUAGGGCUUGAGAUUUUGUUGGCAUGGUCCUCUGUCAUUACCAGAUUUGUAGUCACUGUCCCUCCCAUAGUCAAUAACAAACAAAUAUACACACAGUUCUCACCAAAACAGCCUGCCUUUUCAUUUAUUUUACACUUUUACACUCUAAACAGUUAAACAAUCAAUAUGCGUAUCUGCAUAAAAAGUGAACCAUUAGUUUAUAAUCUGCUUACAUACAGGCCCAUAAGGAUAACUAUUUUAUCUCUACCCAAAAGAGGCAUUUGGGUGAGCAUGGCAAGAUUUAAAGUCCACCGUUGUGGAGUUGUUCCAAACUAAAAACAUUCAUUAAAGUGUAAUGCACUGCCUAUAACUGAAGAUAAAAUCCAUGUAAAACCAAAUAUCUGACAAAUAAGUAAACUUGUGUGACAAGACAUAAUAGCAACACCAUUGACACGGCUGUAUCCAUGAAGUGAUAAAUCAGUGUUUCGAAGAGUUAUGUUUUUCCCUAAAAUUGGACUUAGCAUAGGUGGGGAACCUGUCUGUAAAGAGCACAUGGCUGCUGGUUGAAUUGUAUUGCUCCUGAGGCGGCUCACGUAUAAUAUGCUUUUUCUUUUCUUUUUUAAGUCGCCGACGAGACUAUUCAGGUGGAGCAAACGUACAGAAAAGCUUUGGCUGACACUUAAACAAAUAACCCCCUUACUACUCCAAAAUUAAAAUAAGAUUAUAGAACAAUCAAAUGAUUUUUUAUUUUAUUUUGGAGAAAAAGGUGCAAAACUGUCUAGCUAUCAAAUAGCAAACCAACAAAACUAAACUCACUCCACAUAAUGCCAUACUUUCAAUUCAUAUGAAGCCACUAGGCCUAAAUCAAAAGACCAGAGGUCUUAAACCAUAGCCUGUGGUCCCAGAUCUGUCUGGCCUGUAUAGCCAGUGCCAUAUACAGUCCAAACAGCUUUGCAACCAGGCUACCUAGAUCUGUGAAUGUGUGGAAUAGUUUAACGCAUUCUGCCUCAUAAAUAGUCCAACUUAAGCCUAAUGCACAGUGUGUGGACUUUACCAAUUUCCUUCAAAAGCUGUACCAGUGAGAAUCACUUCAGAUUAAAUAGUAUUUACACUGAAUCCAUCUACCUCUGAUAUUAUAUUACUUUCAGGGAUAUACACACAUUACAUAAAUGUACACGUUAUCUUAUGGAUACGUUCAGGUUUUACAAUGUUGUACAUAAAGAGAAAUGUUUUGUGCACUUAAAUGUAGAAAAUACAUUACACAUCGUGCUGACACACUGAGGGAGAGGUGAGCAGUAUGACAUAAAGCGAAGCGAAAGGAAACAUCAACCCAAAAAACAUCGGGAAAAAGUCAAAGGUCAAUAUUUUUUUAAACACUGUCGUUUUUUCAAAUACUAGAAAUACAAUACUUUUAUACAAAACCAACAAUACAGCAUUAUCAACAGUAUACGUGACCUACCACUAACGUGACAAAGAGACCACACACGGAUAGUUAAUGGGGACAUAGAAAUAGAAUGACUGGAAAGGACCAAGCUGCUCAGAUCACGUAUAUAUAAUUUCAAUGGGAACGUCCGUUCUAGUUAUUUUAUUUCUAUGGAUAUAUAUAAGAGUAUUAGUUUGCUCAUAGUAGGCCAUCAAUGUUCUUCUCUGAUAUCUCCUUCUCUUUGUCCUCAGUGGCACCCCCUGGUGGACUGUACUUGUUGUUGUAGUCCUGGAGCAUGGUCACAACGUCGUGGUGUCCAAAGUGCACUGCCUCUUCCAUUGGUGUGUUACCCCACCUUGAUGGAACGGACAAGAGACAUUGUAAACACUGCUCUUAAAUGGACACGUUUUACAUGAGCUAUGUUUCCAUCCAAUUGGCGACAGAUUUUCACUUGAAUAUUCUCAAAUCUGCAUAAAUAAAAUGUGUGCAGGCUGUGCAAAAGGCUGUGCAUGA